CCCCCCACGCACCCAACCACCGCCCCUCUCUCUUUCGCGCGAACCCCACCCAACCCCUCGUGCCCUCCUCUCUCUCUCGAACCCUAGCGCUCCACUCCUCCCUGGCCGCCGCCACCUCCGGCGCCCUCUGUCCGGCGAGAUCCACGACUCCUCCUCCUCCUCUCUGGGUCGAUCCCCUCCAACCCACGACUCCACGACUCCUCCUGCUCCUCUCUGGAUCGAUCCACAACCGCUUCCAACCCAGCCGCCGCAGACCAUCCCGGCCUCCUCCACGCCAAUUCGAGCAACACUCCCCACUUCCAGACCAAACCCUAGCCUGAGACCCCUUCCUCCUCGAUGGCCAACCCCUCCAUGGCGGCCGGCGACGGGGUGCCGUUGGCGGAGGGGGUCCGUGCCGUUGGGGCCCAGAUCCGCAACCGCUUCCGCGUGGCGCCCGUCGACCGCGUGGCUGCGGCCCUGGCGACGCGAUGGUAGCAUCUGCCCUGGCGGCGUUGGCCAAUGAGAAACCGCGAGAUCCUCGACGCUGUGGGCACCACCGCAGCGGCGCUAAGCACCACCGAUGCCGAUGGGGUCCAACGAGGCGGACAAGCCGCUGCGGCGGAUCGGCGCGUCGUUCGAGCAGCUCGCGGCCGUCGCCAAGCAGCAGCAGCAGCCCGCGAUGGCGGCGGGGGACUUCUCACGCGCCUGCUCCAACGUCUCCGUCCUCUUCUGCUGCCUCGGCAUCGCCUUCAAGUUUGCGGAGAUGGACUACGUAGCCAAGGCAAGCGGCCGCUCCUCCGCCCCCCUCUCCUCCCCCGCUACCUGCUCUGCUGUUCGGUCGCGUCGACCACCAAGAAGACACCCAACUCCUGCACCCCGAACUACCCUACCCGAGCCUGCCGUCGCAGCUGCUGUGUCAAGUCCACAACAUCACCAUGCAUGCUGACAAGGACAAUGACAGGUCUACGCACAGAUGACUCUGCAACCAAUAAACUCUAAGUACUGUCGGAAAGGGAGCUUGGUGAAGAUAUUCAGAACAUGCUGAACUGCGUUUUCUCUACAUGUGCUUUUAUCGGUUUGCAUGCUGCAUGUUUGAUGUUUUGCCUGAGCUGCGGACGAAAUGGUACUGAAUGCCUGAAAGUAAUGUUAACAAUGUUCAGUUUAAGUGUACAUUUCGAGAUCAGUGCCAGUGUUUAUAAACGCUCAAAAUCUGUACAGUAUUUCUUAGAUUAACGAGUGCUUACUGUAUAAUUUAGGAAAGUUUUAAUAAUACUACAGCAGAUGCUAAUUAAAUCAGGAAGUGAAGCACUACCAAACGUACCGUAUACAAUGUUCAGUUCAAGUUUAAUUUUUAGUUUAGUGCCAGAGUUUAUCAUCAACCCAAAAAAUAUAUAUCUGAUUUUCACAUUGACGAGUAUUACUGCUUACUUCUCCCAUUCCUUGGUUGAAGACUGUUUCGAACCGAGCCUUGCAGCAAGGAGGGAAUGGUUGCGUCUGUUUUGUGCUUGGACGCCUUCUCCUAGUUGUGCUAAAAUUGAGGUGCAUGUUUAAUUAACAAGCACCUUUCAUCCCCACUGUGACAGUAAUGCAUUGAGGUGCCUCUGGACUGUAGUGUCUUAGGUUGCCAGGAGUAGUAAAACUUAGUGUUGUAUUGAGGAUUGAGGGUGGCUGGGCUUAUAAGUUAAUCAUCAGCGUGAAUGCUUUGUUUGUCUGAUACUCACAAGUUAAUGCUUCGCUCGUCUGGGUGUGUGAUAAUGCCAUGUGUCUUGUGCAAUCAGAUUACAUUUCUGUUUGUUAUGGUAAUAUAAAAAAUAUUCAUGCUGUCAAAAUUUUCACAGUGUGUGCCUUUCAUUUCUUUAGUUUGAUUGUUUCCCUUGUAUUCAAUAUGCUUCUAGUGGCUGAUCCUUCCAUUUUUGUUGUGGCAUCUUUAUUUUCACAGGUGUUGUGUGUUCUGGAAGAUGGAAGAGGAAGAAAACCUAUUUUUGUUGAACUAAAUUUUUUGUAUUCUGUUUUGUUGUACGUAUCAUUUGAUAGUUCUGUAUAGGAACAAGUGAUACUAUUUUGUAGGGCUUUAUGGCCUGUGAUGUAAAACAUAUUUAGUGCUGAAAUAUGAAAUUAUUUGCAAAAUUUGUCGAAAA